CCUUCCGCCGCGAUGGCUCCCGAGGAGCCGGGGGAGCCGGGCUGGGAGCGGGGGGGCGCGGGGGGGUCCCCGCUGGGCGCCGGGGGGCUGCUGCAGCUCGCCGUGGCCACCGGGCUGGCGGCCUGGGCCACCUGGGCCGCCCUGCUCAUGCCCGGCUUCCGCAGGGUGCCCCUGCGCCUCCAGGUCCCGUUCCAGCCUGCCAGCCCCCGGCAGGUGUCACACACGCUGGCGCUGCUGCGGGGCCGCGCGGGGAAGACGGUGGAUCUGGGCUCAGGAGACGGACGCCUCGUGGUAGAAGCUCAUAGGCAAGGUCUCCGGCCAGCCAUUGGCUAUGAGCUCAAUCCCUGGCUCCUGGGGCUCUCCAAGUACCGGGCCUGGAAGGCUGGGUACCACGGGAAGGUUUCCUUCCUGAAGGAAGAUCUGUGGAAGGUGAACCUUUCUGAUUGCCACAACGUGAUCGUGUUCCUGGCCCCCAGCGUGAAGCCUCCCCUCGCUACCAAGCUCCUUGCAGAACUCCCCGAUGAAGCCCGGGUGGUGGCUGGACGCUUCCCUUUCCCGUUCUGGACGCCCACUAGCACCCUUGGGCAGGGGCUGGACCAAGUCUGGGCCUAUGACAUGAAGGAGGUGCGGCGAGCGGUGCAAAAGGCAUGAAGGCAGCAGCGGGGAUCAAAGCCCUCCAGCCCUCGGGCUUCACUCAGGACCACAACGAGAGGGAUUCUUAGCCAAACUUUUCCCCUGGGACUUGCAGGGUUGUGGUGUUGUCUUCUAAAGAGUGGGGGAAGCCAGGGAGGGGAAAAACCUGUCUAGAUAUCCUGGAAUUCUCACAAGAUUUAAGGACUAAAUCUCCAGUGCCUCUUUCUGUACUUUUGCUACUUCAUUUCUAGCUAUUUUUUUUCCAAAUAAACAUUGGGACGGUUCUUCCCUCAAGCCGUUUG